GGGCAGCAAGCGGGCCGGCGCCGAGCUGAGCGGCGACCGCGGUGGGGCGGGGGGGCGCCUCAGAGGAGGGGGUGGGAGCCUCGGCCGCCCGACCCUCCCCGCCGGCGGCGGCUCCCGCUCGGAUGAACCUCUAGUCUUGCUUUGAAAAAGCCAUUUUGUGUAACUCUUGACUGAAUAAUUUCCUAAUACACCUGUUGGGAGGAUUACUGACACAGUAUGCCAUUUGAGAGGUACUUUUUCUUGACCAAAUACUGGUGAUUAGAGAAGAGAGGUUUUCUGUUUUUUUUUUUCCCCCUGAUCAUUAUGAACAUUGGCUUUUCACCCCUGAAGUAAAAAUGUUGAAAACCGAAUCUUCAGGUGAACGUACCACUCUCAGAAGUGCCUCUCCUCACAGGAAUGCAUAUAGAACUGAGUUCCAGGCACUGAAAAGUACCUUUGACAAACCCAAGUCCGAUGGGGAACAAAAAACAAAAGAAGGUGAGGGCUCCCAGCAGAGCAGGGGACGGAAAUAUGGCUCCAAUGUCAACAGAAUUAAAAAUCUGUUUAUGCAGAUGGGUAUGGAACCCAGUGAGAAUGCCGCAGUCAUUGCCAAAACAAGGGGGAAGGGUGGACCUUCAUCCCCCCAGAGAAGAAUGAAGCCCAAAGAAUUUCUGGAAAAAACAGAUGGCUCAGUUGUUAAGUUGGAGUCCUCUGUUUCAGAACGAAUUAGUAGAUUUGAUACAAUGUACGAUGGCCCUUCAUAUUCUAAGUUCACAGAAACUCGCAAGAUGUUUGAGAGAAGUGUGUAUGAGUCAGGACAAAACAACCGCUAUUCCCCAAAGAAAGAGAAAGCUGGAGGGGGUGAACCUCCGGAGGAGUGGGGUGGUUCCAAGUCCAACAGAGGCAGUACCGAUUCCUUGGACAGCCUUAGCUCCCGGACAGAGGCUGUCUCCCCAACUGUGAGUCAACUGAGUGCAGUAUUUGAGAACACCGAUUCCCCCGGUGCCAUCAUUUCCGAGAAGACUGAAAACAACGAAUACUCGGUGACUGGGCAUUAUCCCCUGAAUUUACCAUCUGUUACUGUUACGAAUCUUGACACCUUCGGGCACCUUAAGGAUUCUAAUUCUUGGUCUCCUCCAAGUAAACACAGUGAUGAUGCAGAGGAUGCUGAGAAGAGUAAUGUAACUCCAGUACUAGAAGUGGCUUCGAAAAGUACCUCUCUAGCUUCAGUGCCUAGUGAGGAGGCAGAGCAGAACAAGGAAGCCGAGGACUCCACAUCUAACCAAGAGUCUCCUGACAGAAUUGACAGAGACUUUCCUGAAGAACCUUGUGCUGAAAACAAGGCAGUGCCAGAGUCUGAAAUCCCUUCACCACAAAACGAACCUUCAGAAGACGCAGAAGCUAAUUUGGUUGGGAGUGAGGCAGCAAUGCAACAGAAGAAAGAUCUUGCAGGUGGUGAUUUUACCUCUGCUGUUGUUUCUAGAUUUGCCUGUGGAAAGGAACUACUGGAAGAUUCACAUCAUUUUGGGAGUUCCCAUGUUUACAUGCACAGUGACUAUAAUGUAUAUAGGGUAAGAUCCAGGUAUAAUUCUGACUGGGGAGAGACAGGCACUGAACAAGAUGAGCAGGAGGAUAGUGAUGAAAACAGUUACUAUCAACCUGAUUUGGAAUACUCAGAAAUUGUUGGAUUGCCAGAAGAAGAAGAUAUCCCAGCAAAUAGGAAAAUUAAGUUUAGUAGUGCUCCAAUUAAGGUCUUCAGUACAUACUCCAAUGAAGACUAUGACAGGAGAAAUGAUGAAGUUGACCCCGUGGCAGCUUCGGCUGAGUAUGAACUUGAAAAGCGUGUAGAAAAGCUGGAACUUUUCCCAGUGGAAUUAGAGAAAGAUGAGGAUGGACUUGGUAUAAGUAUUAUUGGAAUGGGUGUUGGAGCAGAUGCUGGACUUGAAAAGCUGGGCAUAUUUGUCAAGACAGUAACAGAAGGUGGUGCUGCUCAGCGCGAUGGCAGAAUACAGGUCAAUGACCAGAUUGUGGAAGUAGAUGGAAUCAGCUUGGUGGGUGUCACACAGAAUUUUGCUGCAACGGUUCUCAGAAACACCAAGGGCAAUGUGAGAUUUGUUAUUGGGCGAGAAAAACCAGGACAAGUGAGUGAGGUUGCCCAGUUGAUAAGCCAGACGCUGGAGCAAGAAAGGCGCCAGAGAGAGCUGCUUGAACAGCAUUAUGCUCAGUAUGAUGCCGACGAUGAUGAGACAGGAGAAUAUGCCACAGAUGAAGAGGAAGAUGAGGUAGGACCUGUUCUUCCUGGCAGUGACUUGGCCAUUGAAGUCUUCGAGCUGCCUGAGAACGAGGACAUGUUUUCCCCUUCAGACCUGGACACAACCAAGCUCAGUCACAAGUUCAAAGAGUUGCAAAUCAAACAUGCUGUUACAGAAGCAGAGAUUCAGAAAUUGAAGACCAAGCUGCAAGCAGCAGAAAAUGAGAAAGUGAGGUGGGAGCUAGAAAAGACUCAACUCCAACAGAAUAUAGAAGAGAAUAAAGAAAGAAUGUUAAAGUUGGAGAGCUAUUGGAUUGAGGCUCAAACGUUAUGCCACACAGUGAACGAGCACCUAAAAGAGACCCAAAGCCAGUAUCAGGCCUUGGAAAAGAAAUACAAUAAAGCAAAGAAACUGAUCAAGGAUUUUCAGCAAAAAGAACUUGAUUUCAUCAAAAGACAGGAAGCAGAAAGAAAGAAAAUAGAAGAUUUGGAAAAAGCUCAUCUUGUGGAAGUUCAAGGCCUGCAAGUACGGAUUAGAGAUUUGGAGGCUGAGGUGUUCAGGCUACUGAAGCAAAAUGGGACUCAAGUUAACAAUAACAACAACAUCUUUGAGAGAAGGACAUCUCUUGGUGAAGUCUCAAAAGGAGAUAGCAUAGAGAACUUGGAUGUCAAGCAGACAUCUUGUCAUGAUGGCCUCAGUCAAGACUUUAAUGAAGCAGUCCCAGAGACAGAGCGCCUGGAUUCAAAAGCACUGAAAACCCGAGCCCAGCUGUCUGUGAAGAAUAGACGCCAGAGGCCCUCUAGAACAAGACUCUAUGAUAGUGUCAGUUCAACAGAUGGGGAGGACAGUCUGGAGCGAAAGCCUUCAAACAGUUUCUAUAACCACAUGCACAUUACCAAAUCACUUCUGCCUAAGGGUUUGAGAACUUCUCCAGAAUCAGAUUCUGGUGCUCCAUACCUCACUCCAGUGGCUGGCAGUGUGCCCUUCUCAUCUGACCACAUAGCUGAACUUCAGGAAGGACCACUGCACCUAGAAAGGGAGCCUUCUUCCUCUCCUGGGGGAGAUACUUCACUCUCCUCCCCUUCAAAAUCUGAACAUGAUAAUGAAGAAUCUCUUUGCCACCAUCAAGCCACCACAAAGAAGAUACUACAAGAAAAAGAUGGUGCCACAGGUCCCAGAUCACUAAGGGCAUCUAGUUCAUUGGUGGUGAGAGGAGGAAAAAUUAAGCGAAAGUUUGUGGAUCUGGGGGCACCUUUGCGAAGGAAUUCCAACAAGGGAAAGAAAUGGAAAGAAAAAGAGAAAGAAGCCAAUAGGUUUUCUCCAGGUGGCAGGAUCUUCAGAGGCAGGCUGGAACCCUGGAAACCGAAGCCAGCCUCCAUGUGCUCAACUGGCCUGCCUUUCUCAUGGUUUAACGAAAGCCGGAAAGGAUCCUAUUCCUUCAGGAACCUGCCUUCACCUAAAAGUCCCCUACAGCCUUCUCCUGAAACUCUAAUUUCAGAUAAAAAGGGGUCUAAGAAUUUUACCUUCACCGAUGACUUCAGUCCCAGCAGUACCAGCUCAGCAGACCUGAGUGGCCUGGGAGCAGAACCCAAAACACCUGGGCUUUCUCAGUCCUUGGCGCUCUCAUCAGAUGAGAUCCUUGAUGAUGGACAGUCUCCCAAACACAGUCAGUAUCCGAAUCGGGCCGUUCAUGAAUGGAGCGUGCAGCAGGUUUCCCACUGGCUAAUGAGCCUAAAUCUGGAGCAGUAUGUCUCUGAAUUCAGUGCCCAAAACAUCACUGGAGAGCAACUCCUGCAGUUGGAUGGAAAUAAACUUAAGGCUCUUGGGAUGACAUCAUCCCAGGACCGGGCAGUGGUCAAAAAAAAGCUCAAGGAAAUGAAGGUGUCUCUAGAGAAGGCUCGGAAGGCUCAAGAGAAAAUGGAAAAACAAAGAGAAAAGCUGAGAAGGAAGGAACAAGAGCAAAUGCAGAGGAAGUAUAAGAAGACAGAGAGGAUGGCAGCUGCUACAGAGGGUGCUGGUGAGCAGUAAGACACCAAGAGAAGUUUCCACCUCUUCCUGCCCUGCUCUCCUCCGGAGGAUGAAGAAGAAACUGAUGAUAGGGUAACUUGUUCUUUGGCAGACUGGGGAACCGUGUGUUCAACCACUGCAUUUUCUGCAUUAAUAGAAUACACUCUUUAAUUUUCACCUACUGAAAUAAUCCCGUACCACCUUCGGCCUAGUAACAAACCAAGGAUCUCGUUGGUGAGGGAUGCAAGGCAGCAGUGUCUCUCUCUUCUUUAGGGUGUGUAGGUGGUGUCACUUGAAGAACCACUGUGACCCUGGCCAGCAGGAGCAUAACACACCCUGGCAUUGUCAGUGGAGCUCCAUGCACUUUCAGUGUGGGAUCCUGAAAAUGGGCAGUGGCUCAUAUCUGCAUGGCCGAGAAUACCACUCUGCCAUGAGAUCUGGGCUGCAGAAUCCACUCCAGUGUGUGGGAAAGUUCCCCCUCAUUUCCGUGUCUGGACAGUGAGACAACCCCACUGUAGAAAUGUGGGUACUCUGCCACAUAAUUACUUACUAUGUCAAAAAGCAAGCAAACUCUUCUGCUUGCUGGGCAUCAAGAAGAGAAAACGAAUCACUUUUGUUAACCCCAGAAGGAAGCAAAAGCCUUAAGAAUGUGAAUGUGGGUAUUACAUUGGGGUUCUGAGGGUAACAUUUAUCCUCCAGAUUUAGCCAAACAAAGAAAAAUUCAGACGCUAAUACAGCCAUGGGAUGUGGGGCUCUGUUGUUUACUUUGCUACUGCUGCACGUUCAGUAUUUCAGCAACACCGACACACAACGCAGUUCCUUUUCCCCCCAACAAAUUGAACACAAAAUUGAUUUUUAAGGAAACCAACAUUUUCAGGUUUCCUCUCCUGGGGAGCAUUCUGGCUGGUCUUCAGCCUAUGACACAGUAGGGAACUCAUCACAUAUUUUCUACUCAAGAGUUCCCACGUGGGCUCAGUUACCAUUUUAACAAAUAGACAUUUAAGAAAAAUAGAAAUAGCAGUUAAAGUUAGAUUUGACUAACAUUCAACCAGAGAAGCAAUUUUAUUGAGCACACAGAAUGUUCCCGUAAAGGAGGGCUGUCAGUUAUAUUUUUGAGAUUUUUGAAUGGUUUUUCUGAGCCAUUCUCUUCCAUUCUUUAGAGAUUUCCACUUUACAGUUAAAGUUUAAGAUGGUACACAGGAUACAGUCUAGCAGUGCAGGCAGUUAUACUCAUUUUAAAGCCAGUAUUAAGAAUUUCAGUAUUUCGUCAAACUAAUUCAAAUGCAGGAGACUGGGGCAGAGGAGAAGAAAAUAAACUCAUCCUCAGAAAUUUCAAGUGAUGGAUUUGUUGUUGUUGUUGUUGUUGUUGUUGUUGAUGUUGUUGUUGUUUUGCUUUUUAUGCUCAUGUAUCUGGUUCUCUUUGCUGCAUUGGCUGUAAAAACAAGGUCAUCCACUUUCCAGAGGACCAGUUUCAAAAUAAGAGUUGAGGCCAUAUGAAUCCUUGGACAAGUAUUUUACUUCCUUUACUCCAUUGGGGAUUCUCUGUCCUUAUCUUCCACUGGAGGUGUUCUACACACAGAGCUUAGGGGAAGGCUUUUGAAGGUUACAAGUAACAGGUAAUGUAAAGGGGCUCCUGCCCAUGUAGCUCCAUCUUGUAUUUUGAGCGUGAUGUUUUCUGUUUUUUGUUUUUCUGCUUGUUUGAAUAUUUGAAAUCUGGAAUUAUCUAAGCUAGAAACUUAUAAUUCUGUUCUUCCCCAAGGCCUACUUCCUUUUCAGUGACAGAGUAUUAUCUGUUAAGUUCCAGUUCAGCUCCUUCAUCACUAGGUAUAGGCCAUUCAUUUGAUCCUCAGAAGUAUUGACAUAAAGUAACAUGGUAUUCUACAGUUAUCCAAGUCACUACCUAAUUUUUCUGUCUUUAUUUGGGAUAUGAUAAUGAAACUGCCAUACUAGGUACUCUAUUAAUAUUUUGAGAUGUGUGGUGCUUUGCUAUUUAUUAAUAUCGUGAGAAACAAAGAACCACUAUCAAUGAACAACAUUCAACAAAUCUUUUCUAAUACUAGAAAAGACUAAAUUAGUCAAAAUCUGUUAAUGCUAGUUAUAAAUUUUUGCUAUUUUUGCUUAUCUUUGGGGAAAAAAGUGAUGUGGAUCACACUGGAAGUUUCACUGUAUUCAUUUUAAGGGUGGAAAUGGAAGGGUGAUUAUCUUAAGUUAUGUUUACACUUUGGUAAUAUAUGAAAAUGGAUGUAUAUACUGGAAAUGUCUAUAAGUCUCAGUCUCUGCACAUAAUUUAUGAUCUAUUAUAUUGCUUUUUCUCAAAUGUCUUAGAAGUAUUGUUCUUUAACUUUAUUUGUUGUUUAGAUCAGUGACCAACUGAUAAUAUUAUAAAUCAAAUUCUUAUUCCUCAAAUCAUUUAGUUUGUGUUAUAAUUGUUUUGAUUUUUAAGUUAUAGUAAUUUUAGUUCUUCAUGAGUUAUUUUAACGUUACUAAUUAAAACUGCAGAAAUAUCUUUGAUUGUCCAACAAAGGAUAAAAUGUGAGCCGAUCGAUAAAAGGGUAUGAAAACAAAGUGAAGGACCUCAGAUCUUGUGAACAUUUUGUUUUCCUAUUAUUUCCUUUAUUGACUCUAGUGCAUGAUGCCUAAUUGAGAUUCGUAUCGUACACAGCUCCUACUUUGAUGCUAGUGGUUUUCAGUGUCCUUACAACUUAACAGAAUUGUUGCUUCAUGAACCUUAAAGACUUUGUGGUUAUUUAUUUAUUUAUUUAGAAAAUGAACAAAAAGGGAAUACCUGGUUAUUAUGAACUAUGUUCCCUAAACAACAGCUCGGUAUGAUUCUAACAAUAGCCAAAAGUGUUUUUGGGAUACAGGUAAUGCUUUGGGGGGCAGGCAGUUGUGGUGAGGCCAAGCUGUAGACAGAGAGCAUUCUCUGAGCUGAGUGUCUGAGGUAGGGUGUUCCACUAAAAGACUCUCUCCCUUAAAGUAAUUCACAAUUUACGUAACAGUUUUCUCUCUCUCUCUCUCCCUUUCUUUUUCUUUUUUUUUUUUUUGCCUGAAUCAGAAGUUUACUACAGAGGGAUAAGUUAGGGUGAAAACCUAGUCUUGCUCAUUCUAACACACUGAUGAAGAUCACCGUUAGUUUCAUGACAACAAGGCUAUGCUAUGGUCUCCUCCUUCAGCUGGGGUUGACAUGGAUUUCCCACCCUCAACAUCCCAUAAGCAUUUUCAACCCACAGCAGUUCAUGAUUGCAGUGUGGUAGGUGCUCAUUCCACACACCACUUCUAGGAGGUGUGAAAUGGGAACCUACCUUGUGCUUCUCUGUGUUGGAAACAAAGAGACAAGAGAACAAGGAACCAAACAAACUGUUGCUUUUUAUCUAUCAUCAUCAUCACUACCCUGGAAUCUUAAGAUUCUACAGGCCCAAGCCAGGUCGUUUGAUCCAGCACUUUAAUUUGCCUUUAUGGUUUUUUUUGAAGACACAUAAUUCUUGGCUAGGUUCUUUGUGUAAUAGGAUUAACAUGUGCUCUUAAAUGAUAAAUGAAAAUUCAUUUAUCUAACUCAUUUACAAGUGUUAAAAAUUACAGACCAAGCUGCCAGAGAGGAGAACCCAGUUUUUGACUGUAGUAUUCAAGCCGUUUCAAAAGGGGUUGCCCCAGCUAUUCUAGAAGGAAUGUCUGUGCUUCAAAUGUGAUGUAGCUCCUUCAUUACAUGGAGCUAUUUCAGAAUUUCCAACCUCUAUUUGAGUAACUAAAUUUACUGUCCCAAUAGAGCCGCACUUGAGGGGCAUUUCAACUUGGUGGGCAAUGGUCAUGAACUAGGGUUCAUGUCACCUACGUAACACCAAGUCCUUAGUGCUUUCUGAAUGAAGAGGUAAAAUGAAAAGGAAAAGCCCAGUUUUAAAAAUAUCUUUUCCAACUUACCUUUAAUCAAAGGACUACCUCUGCAUUGUUCUGAAGCUAAACAUUUAAGGAUGAAGUUCAGAAAUAAAAUGUUCAUAUUUUCUAUUAGAAUUGCUUUCAUUAUGAUGUUGGAGGUAGGGAGUAAAUUCUCAAGAAGAAGCAGGGUUAUAAAAAAUACGAAUAUGCUUCAUUAAUUCAAUCCUGAAGAAUACCCUCAUAUGCAGGCAGAUCUUGUUUAUCUUUGUCUUAGGCAUUUAAAGUCUCAGGAAACUUAGUCUUGGUCCAAAACACUGGGGAAAACAAAUCACAGCAGAUAGUAUACCAGUAGUAUUUAAAGUAGCAGCAAGAAUAGACCCAAUCAAGAAGUAAAAGGGAAAAGAAAAAGCCUACAGAAGGAAUUUCUCCUGGAAAAUGGAAAUAUCAGGUUCCACCUUAUGCUUCGCAGAGGGUCCUUACGUGCUCUAGUGUGGGUGUCUAUGUGGAUGUGUUGAGAGGAUGGUGGUUCCUCGAAGGCUCAUACCUUUGAGUGUAUGGACCAAAAGUGGCGUGUGACCUGAUUCCGGAUCUACAGCAUGUAGGGGAGGAAAGAAAGGUGAUGAUUUCCAGUCCUUGGCCCCACCUCAGCCCCAGCUCCCAAACCACUAGGGAUUCAAGAAUGAAUAAGGUAAGGAAUUAGAGAACAAGAGGCAAUUUCUCAAGAAUGUGCAUGCCGUUUGUGUAGAUGUACAGAACUAUGUAUGUAUGAAUAUAUCCCCCCCCCAGUACAUGCACACAUACUGCAACCUCAUGGCAUAAAAAUAUAUCUUGUAUAUGAAACUUGGUAAUGUCAGAUAGGACCCUGAGCAGUAUCAUAGCCUUAUUGCCACUUUGUGUGUGUGUGUACAUUGAAUGGCUCAUGAGAUUUUAAGAGAUUUUUUAAUGUAUUUCUACUAAAUGCAUUUAUCCUUCUACAUGUUUAUAUAUUUUGGUAAAAUGGUUUAUUAGAUAUUUGGUAUUUUAGUAAGAUGAAAUUUCCUCACAUGUUUGGUUAAUGCUUUGAUGUCAAGAUUGCACAUUGCUGAGUUGAAGCUCAGAAGUGUAUGCAGCUUUGGGCAUUUUCAACUGCAGACUGCAGUUUCCUUGGCUGAAAAUUGCAUUGUGUGUUCUGGUGCAUUUGCUCAUGCUCUAAAAUGACAUUUGGUCACUGUGAUGCUUAAGUCACUAAUUACCGGGUCUCUGAUGGCAGCGUUGCUAUCACAUGACCAUGUAUUUACUUCUUUUGCAGAGUGAUGACAUGGCUAGGUCAUCACCAAAUAUAACACAAGAGGAUAUGAGCGUGAGUAUGUUGUUGGAAGGUGUAUGCUUCUAUUUCCUUCAGCGAUCUUCCUCACACACCUCGAUUUCCAGUUAAGAAUAUAAUCUUUCAUCCAUGAAAGAACAAUUGGCCAAAACUCAUUAAAUUACUUUCAGAAGUGGGAAUUAAGAGGCACUCCAGCUAGAUAACACCUCCCAACAACAUCAGAUUUAGUUAGUGCUUAGUGACUACUCUUAAAUAUAUAUGUAUGUGUUUUCCUUAAUAUUAUUUAUCGUCAUCACUACUGCUUUUGUACCUUUUAAUGGUGUUGCAGUUAAACCACUAGUACACUUGCUACAAAUCACUAACAAAACCGGCCAGCUGAAAGGAGAGAAAAAGAGAGUGAAUUCUAUUCCAUUGGAGAGAAGCUGACUUAUUUCAAUCCUUCUUUAUGUAUCACUGAAGGAAAAGAGUUGUUUGGAAAUCAUUUUAAGUCCAAUAAGUAUGGAUAGCAUGUUAUCUGAAAAUUUUAAUUUGUACAUUUUGGUGUUCGAUCAUUUGCAUGGAAGAGACAAUAGUGCCACGUCUGGAUUGUUCUCUUGUGCUUGGUUAAUAUGUACUUCUCUAGAUUGUUCCGUUCAAAACGACAUUUCUUACUCUAUGGUUUUCAGAGGCAUUCAAAGCAAAAUAUCGCAGUGGUCCUUUGUUUUCUGACCAAUCUAAAAAUACCUGUGAUUAAAUUUAAUUUGUUAGUGUAAAUAAAUUUCUUGCCAAUGAGUAUUGUUGUUGUUAGACAACGAAUGCAAUAAAAAGAGAAAUACUAAGGUC